GCAGCAUUGGGACACCGUCAGUUCCCAGGUCAGUCAGAAGGAGAAAACGGGGUACUUGGGUCGUCGGCUGGUGGGGUUGAGGAAGUUCCAGAAGCACCAGGUCAUGAUGGGCAUUGCGAUGUAGUUGUUGAGCACCAGCGCCAGCGUCAGGUUGACCAGUAUGUGCAGCGGGGUGUUGUCCCAGUGAGCGUGGAGCGGCCCGAUAAACAUGCCCACCAGCACUACUAUCGGGUACAGCCCCAAAAACGACACCAGAAUCGUCUUCCACCUGCAUGUGAUGUGUCCACACACACCAAUCCGACCCAAGUUUCUCGUGUUGCGCCUCCUUCCCUCUCUCUGGCUGAGCUGACCUGGGUGUGGAUUUGGGUGCCAUGAUGGGGAAGACGAACCAGUCCUCGUGCGACACCUCCACAGUCUCUGACUCGCAGUACUGACGCACCACCUCAAGGAAGGCACGCAGCUCCUCUGACUCCUCCCAACUGAAGCAAUCAAUAAACGGACGGGAUGGGUGGGCGGAUGGGUGGUCAGGUGAGGUGAAUGAAUGGAUGGACACGCAGGCAGGACGUGCACUGCACUGCACUGCACUGCACUGCAACGCCUGGUUGACAUGCUCUGCUGUGCUGUGCCUACACUUUGAAGGCCUGAAGGCCCUGAAACUUGAUGAUGAUGACGUACUCGGGCUGGCCGGUCGUGUGUGGACACACCACAGUGAAACCUGACACACACACACACACACGCACACGCGCCUCAUUGGGGAAUGAGUGUGCUGCCGGCUUGCCGCUGCGCAUCGGACACACCUGCGUAUCCUGGGAAUCGUGACAUAGUGUGCCUGCAGUCGAUGAGGGCCCGCCUGAACUGCUGCUCCCAUCCUGGUUUGACCACUCGCGAGAUCACCUUGGUCACCAAUCCCUCGUAAGCAUCCUGCAGACAGACACACAAGGCAAACAAACACGACAACCAGUGACAUGCUCCGCCUGCCCUGCUGUCUCCUGUAUCUUCACCCCAUGACUGCAGACAACGUCUUCUUACCUUUGACACGAAGUCCUCCUUCACUGUCAACUGCUGAAGGUCGCCGUCUUGGCUCUCUUUUGACUCGUUCUCGCCAGAGGUGUCAUCGUGCGGUGUGGUGCUGCCAGUGGGUGCUAUCUUCCGGCCUCCCAGCGCCGGAGAGCUCGGUUGAGUCGACUCCGACCUCACGUCGAUUGGUUUCUUCGCAAGUGAAGCACCCAUUCUUAGUCACCAGACUUCCGCUCGGCGAUGCCUUCGACAACCACGCUUUUCCUUUCACCCUGCC